AUGGGGGAGGGAGGUCUCGAGGAGGACUUGCCAUACGGUGCCGAAGAUAUGGCCAGCGAGGCUAAGUUGUCGGACAGCAACGAAAACGGUCCAAUUUUACCACCAACUGUGGAUAUGCUGCCGGAAGAAGGCUUCUCUCUUCGAGAGUGGGGAAGGCAAAAUGCAAUUCGGGUGGAGGAGAAAGAGAAGAUGGAGAAGGAGAUGUUGAAAGAACUAAUUGAUGAAGCUGAUGAAUACAUUGCAGAGUAUAAGAAAUGGAAGAUCAGAUGUGACAACAGCAGAGCUUCCAACAGGGAGAAGGAUAAGGUUAGAUUUAUAAAUUAA